AUGGAGAGGGAGGGCAGCGAUGUCAUCAUGCCGGACGUGGCCGCGCCCCCGCCGCCUCCGUCUGGGGGAGGGCGAGACAAGCAGCCGGCGGCCCCGCCAGUGCCACCAGCCGGAGGCAAGGUGGCGACGGGCCCGACUCCUGAGGUCCACACACCCACACGCCAUCGCCUUGCGAAGGCGGCCUCGGCACCGCGCCCGCAGGAAACCAGCGCCGCGAGCUCGUCUAUCCCGGACGCCGAGGUGACCAGUGUCGCGCCCACCGGCUGGGUGCACGGGGGCGGGAUGGGGGCCUUAAACCAAGUUGUCCUCGACGUGCAGGCCAAACUCCGCGGCGAGGCCGAUGCCCUUAAGCGGUGCAACAAGGCGUUUUUGAAUUCGCGAGCGGCCAUACGGGAUUAUCAUAACCUCCGCGCGGCCUCCUUCAACUCCAACGUUCGGGAGCUAGAUCAGAAGACCGCCGACUUGUCAGAAAGCCGGAAGGCCAACGCCGCCUUGCAGCAGCGGCUGGGCGAAGCCAAUACCGUGCUGCGUGCCAAGGAGGCCGAGUGCAGCAAAGUGGCGGAAGAGCGUGACCGGCUGGUCACACAGCUGGCGGAGCAGGCAGAGCAUCUCAAGAAGGCCCAGAAGGAGGCGGGGGACAAUGAGGCCGGUCUCCUAGCUGAGUUCGAGACCGAACGCUCCGCCUGGACCGACAAAGAGGCGAUGCUGACUGCCGGCUUCGACUUCUUCCCUGGCCACUCCAUUGCUGCCAAUCAGGCCAUCGAGGCUGAUCAUGAAGGGCGGAGGGCGGAAGGUGCAGAGAUUGCUGCCAACGCCCCCCGAACCCUCAGCGACCAGCUUCUCAGCAUCUAG